CCGCCCGAGCCGGAGCGCGAUGGAGCGAGGGCCCCAGGCGGGGAGGCGUCGCCGAGCGCGCGGCCCGACGCCCCCUCAGUGAGCGCCCAACCGCCACGGCGCCGCCCGAGGGCGGACUCGCCUCCGCCGCCUCGCCGCCGCGCCAGAGCUCGGAGCCCGCGCUGCCUUCCCGCUCGGGCCGCGGGCCGGGGACGGGCCGGGGCUGCAUGGCCUCGCCCGCGCGCCGCCCCUGAGCCGCGGGCCGGAGCCGGAGCCUGAACCGGGUCCGCUCAGCGCCGCGGGCGCCGCUGUGGAUUUAUUCGCUGCCCAGCCCUCUUCAGCCUUUGCCGCCUGCAGCUAUGGAAUCGACUGUGGAGGAUGAAGCGAUGGCGGCGUAGAUGACGGCUGGCUGAGGAGGAGACGAUGCCCAGGGGUGGGUGUUCUAGGCCAGCCCAGCAGGAGGAGCGCGCCCUCAGCCACGACAUGGUGGAGAAGCAGCCCGGGAAAAAGGAUAAAGAGAAAAUUUCCCUACCCAAGACCCCGAAGCUGGACCGCAGCGAUGGAAAGGACGUGAGAGAGCGAGCCACCAAGCGGAAGCUGCCCUUCACCGUGGGGGCCCAUGGAGAGCAGAAGGACUCGGACACAGAUGCCUCCAGCCCAGUCCACGCCGUGGUACUGCAAGGCUGGUUCGCUCCUCGAAGCGCCGUGGCCUGAAAUGGAGGCGCCUAGAAGCAAGAAGAAAGAGAAGCAGGGUCCUGAGCGGAAGAGGAUCAAGAAGGAGCCUGUCCCCCGCAAGGCCGGGCUGCUGUUUGGCAUGGGGCUGUCCGGGAUCCGGGCCGGGUACCCGCUCUCCGAGCGCCAGCAGGUGGCCCUCCUCAUGCAGAUGACGGCUGAGGAGUCUGCCAACAGCCCGGUGGACACAACACCAAAGCACCCCUCCCAGUCGACGGUGUGUCAGAAGGGGACACCCAGCUCUGCCUCAAAAACCAAAGAUAAAGUGAACAAGAGAAACGAGCGUGGGGAGACCCGCCUGCACCGGGCGGCCAUCCGGGGGGACGCCCGGCGCAUCAAGGAGCUCAUCAGCGAGGGGGCGGACGUCAACGUCAAGGACUUCGCGGGCUGGACGGCGCUGCAUGAGGCCUGUAACCGGGGUUACUACGACGUCGCAAAGCAGCUGCUGGCCGCGGGCGCGGAGGUGAACACCAAGGGGCUGGACGACGACACGCCCUUGCACGACGCUGCCAACAACGGGCACUACAAGGUGGUGAAGCUGCUGCUCCGGUACGGAGGGAACCCGCAGCAGAGCAACCGGAAAGGCGAGACGCCACUGAAGGUGGCCAGCUCCCCGACCAUGGUGAACCUGCUGCUGGGCAAGGGCACCUACACGUCCAGCGAGGAGAGCUCGGCCGCAGAGAGCUCCGAGGAGGAGGACGCCCCGUCGUUCGCGCCGUCCAGCUCGGUGGACGGCAACAACACGGACUCCGAGUUCGAGAAGGGCCUGAAGCACAAGGCCAAGAACCCCGAGCCCCAGAAAACCGCGACGCCCGUAAAGGACGAGUACGAGUUCGACGAGGACGACGAGCAGGACAGGGUCCCCCCCGUGGACGACAAACACCUGCUGAAAAAGGACCACAGAAAAGAAACCAAGGCGAAUAGUUUUAUUUCGAUACCCAAGAUGGAAGUGAAGAGCUACACUAAGAACAGCGCCAUGGCACCAAAGAAGGCGUCGCAUCGCAUCGUGUCGGACACGUCGGACGAGGAGGACGUCGGGGUCGCUGUGGGGACGGGGGAGAAGCUGCGACUCUCGGCGCCCACGCUGCUGCCCGGCAGCAAGACGCGGGAGCCUCCUACCGCCAAGCCGCCGAGGGACAAGGGUAAAGUCAAGAAGAAGCGGAAGAAGGAGGCCAAGGGCAAAGAGGUGCGCUUUGGGAAGCGGAGCGACAGGUUCUGCUCCUCCGAGUCGGACAGCGAGUCCUCGGAGAGCGGCGGGGACGGCGGGGACUCGGCGGGGAGUCCCGGCUGCCUCAAGGAGUCCCCGCUGGUGCUGAAGGACCCCGCCCUGUUCAGCUCCCUGUCCGCCUCCUCCACGUCGUCCCACGGCAGCUCCGCCGCCCCCCAGAAGCAUCACUCCAGCCACGCGGAGCCGCACGCCAAGCACUGGCGGACGGACAACUGGAAAACCAUCUCCUCUCCUGCCUGGUCGGAGGUCAGCUCCUUGUCAGACUCCACAAGGACGAGACUGAGCAGCGAGUCUGACUGCUCCUCCGAGGGCUCCAGCGUGGAGUCGCUGAAGCCGGUGCGGAAGCGGCAGGAGCACCGCAAGAGGGGCCUGCAGAGCACGCUGCCCGACCGGAAGGGCCCCCUCCACGCCGGCGGGGACGGCGCCGUGCCCAAGCUGGACCGGGAGGGCAAGGUUGUCAAGAAACACAAGACGAAGCACAAGCACAGGACCAAGGAGAAGGGGCUGUGCGCCGUCAGCCAGGAGCUGGCGCUGAAGGGCUUCGCCUACGAGUACGAGGACGCCAAGCCCAGGCCGGACAAGGGCGCCCCCCCGGACGGCGACGCCCCCGCCGAGGGCAGGCUGAAGGCGGCCAAGCACGAGCGCGAGCACUUCAAGCGGGAGGACAAGCUGGGCCGGCUGAAGGCCGACGACAAGGACUGGCUCUUCAGGGACGAGCCGGCCAAGGCGUCCAGAGAGGACAAGCCCCUCAAGAGGCUGAGGGAGCUGGCCCGGGACGGGGCCCGGCCUGCCCGGGAGGAGAAGGAGCGCGGCGGCGGCGGCGUCCGGGGCGAGCGGGACAAGCUGCCGAAGGAGAAGUCCCCCAAGGAGGAGAAGCGGAGGCUCUACAGAGAGGAGCGGAAGAAGAAGUGCAAGGACAGGCCCUCCAAGUCGGAGAGGAAGAACGACCUGCGAGAGGACAAGGCCUCCAGGGAGAGGGAGAAGGCGCUCAGGAAGGAGAAGGUCUGCAGGGAGGAGGCCGCGGCGGACGAGUUCUGCGGCAAAGGCCAGUUUCUGGAGAACGACGACGCCAAGUUCAGCCUCUCCGACGACCCGCAGGACCGCUGGUUUUCGGACCUGUCCGACUCCUCCUUCGACUUCAAGGCCGACGACAGCUGGGACUCUCCCGUGACCGACUACCGGGACCUGAAGGCCGACUCCGUGGCCAGGCUGAUCCUGGAGACAGUGAAGGAGGACCCCAGAGACAAGCGGCGGGAGAGCAAGGCCCGGGAGAAGCGGGCCGACAAGGACGCCUGCCCUCGGAGGAAGGACAGGGACCCCCUGCAGCGGGGCUGCGAGCGGCGGAGGGAGCACGCGGCCGAGAAGCACCGGGGCGGCCCCGGCUACCUCCCGGAGCGGGACAAGCGGAGGAGGGAGUCGGCCGAGGGCGGGCGGGACAGGAAGGAGCCCCCCGAGGCCGCCAAGGAGCGCAGAGACGGCCGCGCCAAGCCCGACGACGCCCACAGGGAGGAGCUGAGGGAGUACGGCUGCGAGGGCGCCUUCAAGGACAGGCCCGACUGCGACUUGGGGAAGGUUCUGGAGCCCUGGGAGCGGCCGCAGGCGGCAAGGGAGAAGGAGAAGAAGGAGAAGGCGAAGCCGGAGAAGCACCGAGACAAGCCCGGCGACAAGGACAAAAGCGAGAGAGCCGUCCCCGAAAAGGGCCCCAAGGACAAAGAGUUCGAGAAGAGUUUUAAGGAGAAGAGGGACGCCAAGGACAAGCACAAAGACGGGCACGGCAAAGACAAAGACAGGAAGGCGCCCCUGGACCAAGGAAAAGGCAGCCGGGAGAAGGCCUUCCCCGGGGCCCUCUCAGAGGAGUUCACCGAGAGAAGAGACGAGAAGAAGGGCAAGGAGAAGAGCUGGUACAUUGCCGACAUAUUCACGGACGAAAGCGAGGACGAGAAGGAUGACUACGCGGCGAGCGGCUUCAAAGCCGGAGAGGCCGGCGAGGGGCGGGGGGAGGGGCUCCCCGAGAGGGACGAGGGGCUCCCCCUGGACAGACCCCGCAAGCACGCGGCCGCCGACCGGCAGCACCCGGAGAAGCAGAAGGACAAGGAGGCGCGCGAGAGGAAGAAGGACAAGGGCGCCCUGGACGGCGGGAAGGACAGGAAGGAGAAGGCCUUGGAGAGGCCCAGGGACCGGCGGGACAGAGAGGCGGCCGAGCGGGCCCGGGACCGCAGGGACCGCGCCGCCGUGGACGCCGCUCAGGACAGGCGGCCCAGGCAGAAGCCGCCUGACAAGGGGGACAGGAGGCCCCCCGCGGAGGACAAGGCCAAGGGCAGGCACCGGGAGAGGCCGGACCGCGAGAGGAAGGCCGGCAAGGGCGGUGACGCCGAGAAGAGCCUGCUGGAGCGGCUGGAGGAGGAGGCGCUGCAGGACUUCCGCGACGAUGCCAACGACAAGGCCAGCGAGGCGUCCUCCGACAGCUUCCCUGAGCGCGGCCAGGACCCGGGCCUGAGCGCCCUCCUGGAGGUGUCUUUCCCGGAGCCCCCGGAGGAGCGGGCCCGGGAGCGCGAGCGGCACCGGCACUCCUCGUCCUCGUCCAAGAAGAGCCACGAGCGGGAGCGGGUCCGGAAGGAAAAGCCCGAGAGGAAGGAGAAGGGCGACGACUACAAGGAGCUGGGCAGCGGCCGGAAGGACCCCGGCCAGCACGACAAGGACUUCCUGGACGCCGACGCCUACGGCGGCGGCCCCUAUGGCGCCAAGGCCGACGCGGAGGACGAACCGGAUAAGCCCAUCGAGCUCUUCUCCCCCGAGAAGAAGGACAAGAACGAGCCCGAGAGAGACGCUCCCAAGAAGGCGGAGAAGGAGCUGCGGCCCUUCGGGUCGGGCGCCCCCAGCCUCCUCAAGGAGAAGAGGCGGCGGGAGAAGCACCGCGAGAGGUGGAGGGACGAGAAGGAGCGGCACCGAGAGCGGCACGGGGACGCGCCCCUGCGGCCCCACUGCGAGGAGCCCCGGCCCGCGGCCCGCGACAGGGACAGGCCCAAGGACGAGAGCCUGAAGCUGGGCGAGAGCAAGCCGAAGGACAAGGUCAGGGACAACCCGGAGAAGGAGAAGGCGGCCGCCGCGGCCGACAGGCUCCUCGCGCCCCGAGACCCGGGCCGCAGGGACGCCCGGCCGCGCGAGAAGCUCCUGGGGGACGGCGACCUGAUGAUGACCAGCUUCGAGCGGAUGCUGUCGCAGAAGGACCUGGAGGUGGAGGAGCGGCACAAGCGGCACAAGGAGAGGAUGAAGCAGAUGGAGAAGCUGCGGCACCGCUCCGGGGACCCCAAGCUCAGGGACAAGGCGAGGCUGGCCGAGGACGCGCGCAAGAAGGGUCUGGACGCCCCCCCAAAGAAGCCGCCGGGGCCGGACCCCGCCCUGAAGGACAAGAAGCUCAAGGAGGCGGCUCCCGCGGCCCCCGCCGCCGCCGAGAGCAGGCCCCACCCGGCCCCCGCCGGGGACCCCCGGGACUGGCUGGCGGGGCCGCACAUGAAAGAGGUCCUGCCCGCGUCUCCCAGGCCCGACCACGGCCGGCCCACCGGGGUCCCCACGCCCGCCUCCGUGGUGUCCUGCCCCAGCUACGAGGAGGCCAUGCACACACCCCGCACCCCGUCCUGCAGCGCCGACGACUACUCUGACCUCAUGUUCGACUGCGCGGACCCCCAGCCCGUCUCCAGCACGGCCGCCAGCGCCUGCGCGUCCUCCUUCUUCGACGGGUUCUCUGUGGCUGCGAGCGCUGUCUCGGAGACCCCGGGCCAGACGCCCACGCGGCCGCUGUGCACGAGCCUGUACCGCUCGGUCUCGGUGGACGUCAGGAGGACCCCGGAGGACGAGUUCAGCGUGGGGGACAAGCUCUUCAGACAGCAGAGCGUCCCCGCUGCGUCCAGCUACAGCUCGCCAGGGCCGCAGCUGGACGACAAGGCCGCUGGGCCCCCCGGACCCGCCGAGAAGUUCGCCUGCCUGUCGCCGGGGUACUACUCCCCAGACUACGGCAUCCCCUCCCCCAAGGCGGACGCCCUGCACUGCGCGCCCGCAGCCGCGGUCAACCUUGUCCCCUCCCCGGAGGGCGCCUUCUCCGGUUUACAAGCCAAGUCCCCCCCUCCACACAGAGAUGAGCUCUUGGCGCCGUCCAUGGAGGGGACCCUCCCCCCGGACCUGGGCAUCCCCCUGGACGCCACGGAGGACCAGCAGGCCACCGCGGCCAUCAUCCCCCCGGAGCCCAGCUUCCUGGAGCCCCUGGACGAGGGCCCCUUCAGCACGGUCAUCACGGAGGAGCCGGUCGAGUGGGCGCACCCCACAGCCGCCGAGCAGGGCCUCGCCUCCGGCCUCCUCGGGAGUGCCCCCGAAAACCCCGUCAGCUGGCCCGUGGGGUCGGACCUCCUGCUGAAGUCCCCACAGAGAUUCCCGGAGUCCCCCAAACAUUUCUGCCCUGCCGAGUCCCUGCAGCCAGAGUCCCCUUACCCCGUGUCCCCUGUCUCCUACCCUCUGUCGGUCACCGAGCCCGGCCUGGAAGUCAAAGGCGAGGCGGGGGACGCGGCCCCGGCCACCGUCCCGCCUUCGGACGAGCCCGCCCCGUUCGCCCCUCCCUCCAGGCUGGAGUCCUUCUUUGGUAACUGCAAGUCCCUUCCCGAAGCGCCCGAGGGGCCGCCAGAGCCUGCGUGUGUGACCAGCGUGGCUCAGGUGGAGGCUCUGGGGCCCCUGGAAAACAGCUUCCUGGAAGGUGGCCACGGCCUGGCCGCGCUCGGCCAGGUGGAGCCGGUGCCCUGGCCCGGUGCCUUCCCCGCCGCCGAGGACGACCUGGACCUGGGGCCCUUCUCCCUGCCGGAGCUCCCGCUCCAGGCCAAGGACGGCUCGGACGUGGAGACAGAGCCUGUGGACGAAGCCCCUCCCGCUCCUCCAGAACCCGGCCCCGCGGGGGCCCCCGUGGCCACGGGCGCCUGCGACCUGGCUGCAGCGGCCCCUGAGGAGCAGCUCGUGCUGCCUCCGGACCCCGCAGCUGCCCGGCUCCCUGCCGAGCCCGCAGCCGAGCCGUCGGAGGACCCCGAGCCCGCCGGGCCGCUGGAGGCUGCGGCGGCGGAGGCGGGGCCCGGGCCCGAGGGGAGGGGCCCCCAGGACUCCGAGCCCAGCUCGGGGCCCACGCCGGCCCCCUCGGAGCAGCGGCCCCUGGGGAGUGGGGAGGAGGCAGCCGAGGGCCCGGACUCCUCGGCCGCGCCCCAGGGCCCACCUGACGCUCCUGGGGACGGCUCGGCACAGGCCCUCGCGGCGGACGGGGCUGGCCCCCAGGACGAGCCCGGGCUUGAGGGGCCUCCCGGCGGCACCCAGCCCGAAGCGCCUGAGCCGGAACCCAGACCCACGGCGGAGGCCCCCAAGGCGCCCAAAGUGGAGGAGGUCCCGCAGCGCAUGACCAGGAACCGGGCCCAGAUGCUGGCCAACCAGCACAAGCAGAGCUCGCCCCCCGCCGAGAAGGAGCCGGCGCCCGCGCCCGCCGCCAGGGCCAAGGGCCGCGGCUCCGAGGACGACGACCCCCAGGCCCAGCACCCGCGCAAACGCCGCUUCCAGCGCUCCAGCCAGCAGCUGACGCCGCAGGUGCACACGUCCACGCGGCAGACGCGGGAGGUGAUCCAGCAGACACUGGCCGCCAUCGUGGACGCCAUCAAGCUGGACGCCAUCGAGCCGUACCACAGCGACAGGUCCAACCCGUACUUCGAGUACCUGCAGAUCCGGAAGAAGAUCGAGGAGAAGCGCAAGAUCCUGUGUUACAUCAGCCCGCAGGCGCCGCAGUGCUACGCCGAGUACGUCACCUACACCGGCUCCUACCUCCUGGACGGCAAGCCGCUCAGCAAGCUGCACAUCCCCGUGAUCGCGCCCCCGCCUUCCCUGGCGGAGCCACUGAAGGAGCUGUUCAAGCAGCAGGAGGCCGUGCGGGGGAAGCUGCGGCUGCAGCACAGCAUCGAGCGGGAGAAGCUCAUCGUCUCCUGCGAGCAGGAGAUCCUGCGGGUGCACUGCCGGGCGGCGAGGACCAUCGCGAACCAGGCGGUGCCCUUCAGCGCCUGCACCAUGCUGCUGGACUCGGAGGUGUACAACAUGCCUCUGGAGAGCCAGGGUGACGAGAACAAGUCGGUGAGGGACCGGUUCAACGCCCGCCAGUUCAUCUCGUGGCUGCAGGACGUGGACGACAAGUACGACCGCAUGAAGACGUGUCUCCUGAUGCGGCAGCAGCACGAGGCCGCCGCCCUCAACGCCGUGCAGAGGAUGGAGUGGCAGCUGAAGGUCCAGGAGCUGGACCCCGCCGGGCACAAGUCGCUGUGCGUGAACGAGGUGCCGUCCUUCUACGUGCCCAUGGUGGACGUCAACGACGACUUCGUGCUCCUGCCGGCCUGACGCGGCCGGGGCAGCCCCGCAGCACGCAGGCCAGGCCCCGCGCGCCUGCCCGGAGCUACGGGGCCCCGGCAGGGGGAGGAGGCCUCGUCCCCAGGCGGGGACACCCGGGAGAAGGCCGCCCCCCGGCCCCGGGAGCGUGGCGCUUUCAUGCCCGCCGCCGGGGGAGGACGCGGAGCCCAGGGGACGCGGCGCUGGCCUCGGGGUCUCCUUUCCGGCCAGCUGCACGGGCACGUCGGGAGCUGCAGGACGGAGUGCAGGUUGCCGACUCCGCGGUCCAUUCUGAUCAACUCAAGACAAACAGCGCGGGUGUCCGCCCUCAGCAGCGGGAGGCCGGGGCGCUGGGAGCCGGCUGGCCGCAGGCCGCAGAGGACACGGGUCCGGGCUCUCAGCUGGGUUUUUAAUGGAGUCAAAUCCACGUGGUUUGUAUAUUUUUCCUUUAAUCUUGGGCAUUUUGUUUCUCUUUCUGAGAACGUAACUUGAAACACUACAGAGCCAAUAAUCAUAUAAAAAGUGUACCCGCAAACGCUGUACAGUUUUAUACACGUUCACAAUGUACUUUUGCUGCCUUCUAGAUAAUUUAUUUUGCAACACAUUACUGCACAGUUGUAAAUAACUUAUGUACUGUAACAUCACUUCAGUUAUGUGUAAAGAAAUAAAUUAAUUAAAUGCUCUUUGUACACGACA